AUGUACUGGCAGCUCCUCUCCUUCUUGUUUGCCAUUCAGGAGAUCAACCGGGAUCCCAGGCUCUUACCCAACAUCACCCUGGGCUACAGCAUCCAUGAGAACUUUUUUGAUGGAAGGUUGACAUACGAUGCUUUGCUAGACCAGCUGUCUCCUGGGGAGACGAAUGUUCCGAACUACAACUGUGGAAGAUGGAAUAAUUUACUAGCUGUUCUUGAAGGGGCUGACUCUCAAAACUCCAUCCAGAUUUCAAGCUUGUUGGACAUCCCUAAAAUCCCACAGGUCAGUUAUGCUUUUGUCUCUCCUGUUCUGAACGAUAAGACCCAGUUCCCUUUUUUCCACCGGAUGGUCCCCAACGAAGAAGCCCAGUACCCAGGGAUUGUCAAGCUGCUCCUGCACUUCAGAUGGACACUGAUUGGUCUCAUUGCUCCAGACACUGAGAAUGGAGAGAGGUUCAUGCAGACCUUGACGCCUCUGCUCAUCAAGAGUGGUCUCCACCCUUUCCUGAGAAAUCCCCAGUUCUACAACUCUUCCGUGAAUGGAGUGUAUUUGGAUGAGAAUGGGGAGUUGGCGGCCAACUUGGAUGUUGUGAACUGGGUGGUGUUUCCAAAUAACUCCGUCCUUAGGGUGACGUUGGGGAGUCUUGACAGACAGGGAUCUCCAGGCCUACAGCUCACCAUCGACCAGGAGGCCAUUGUGUGGCCCAAACGGCUCAACCAGACCCUGCCUCCUUCCAGGUGUGUGGAAAGCUGCCGCCCUGGAUUUGUCAAGGCGGUUCAGGAAGGAAAUCCACUUUGCUGCUACGACUGUGUUCCCUGCGCGGAAGGGACCCUCUCCACUCAGGAAGAUGCAGGUCAUUGCACCAGAUGUCCAGAAGAACAGCAUCCAAACAAGGACCAAAAUCAAUGUGUCCCUAAGACUGUCACUUUCCUGGCCUAUGAAGAAUAUUUAGGGAUCCUCCUGACUUCCUUUGCCCUCUUCUUGUCUUCAGCCACAGGCUUUGUUUUAGGAAUCUUCAUUAAAUUCCUAGAAACUCCAAUAGUCAAAGCCAACAACAGGGACCUCUCCUACAUUCUCCUCGUCUCCCUCCUGCUUUCCUUUUUGUCCUCCUUCCUCUUCAUCGGCCAGCCAAGGAAAGCAACCUGCCUUCUCCGACAAACAGUUUUCAGCAUCAUCUUCUCCAUUGCUGUCUCUUCUGUGUUGGCAAAAACCAUCACUGUGGUGCUGGCCUUCCUGGCCACAAAGCCAGGGAACAGGGUGAGGAAAUGGCUAGAGAAGAGUCUGGCUAACUCCAUUGUCAUUUCCUGCUCCAGUGUCCAAGUUGUCAUCUGCACCAUCUGGCUGGGUAUCUCUCCCCCAUUCCCAGAUGCUGACAUGCACUCCCAGCCUGGAGAGAUCAUCCUGCAAUGCAACGAAGGGUCUGUUGCCAUGUUUUAUGGUUCCCUGGGCUACAUGGGCUUCCUGGCUGCCAUCUGCUUCAUGGUGGCCUUCCUAGCCAGGAAGCUGCCUGGGGCCUUCAAUGAAGCCAAGCUGAUCACCUUCAGCAUGCUGGUCUUCUGCAGUGUUUGGGUGUCCUUUGUGCCCACCUACCUGAGCACGAAGGGGAAAUACAUGGUAGCCGUGCAGGUCUUCUCCAUCUUGGCCUCCAGUGCUGGCCUUCUGGGCUGCAUCUUCAUUCCUAAGUGCUACAUUAUUGUAUUGAGGCCUGAUCUGAAUACAAAACAGUACCUGACAGCAAAAAGUAAAGUUGGCAUCUGA